AUGGAGGAGACUGAUCCUGUAAGGCGUUGGAGAGAAUAUUACAAGUGUGAAGUUUUAGAGCUUCCAGGGCAAAAUAAAAGUCACAGAAAUUUGGUGCUUCUAGUGGAUGGGGAUGGUGACAAAAAAGUAGACCUUCGAAAGGUGAGUAUGCCUCUAAAUAAACUAUAUUCUACAGAUGUUGUAGUAAUUAUAACAACAGAAUCAUCGGCACCCCAAAAUGAUGAAUUGGCUUACGAGGUGGAUGUUAGAAUCAGGAUAGAGGAUCAUGUUCUGCCUUGGGAAGUCUUCUGCAAGAAUGUUGGCAGAGAGCUUGUGCACUCAUCAAGUGCCAUCCAGAGAGUUGCAGUACGGAUCGUUGAGGAGUGUGCUGGCCAUCUUCUUGCCAUUGUCUUCAUGGCAAAGUAG